AAUCUAACCACGAACCGCAGCUGAGGUUUCUUCAGAAUAAGCCUUUUUUUCCACUGAAAAUAUCUGCAGACUACAUGUUCCCCGAUUCUGCAAAAAAAUCUUUUUACUGUUAAAGUUCGAGCUGUUCUACUUCAGUUACACUAAAAAGAAUCAUUAACAGUUUUCUUAAGAAAUAUUUUUUUACUUUGGCUGACAUAAUUAAUAGAAUUAUAAAAACUUUCUAUGAUUGUUUAUGUGUCUAUGGCUACAGCUUCAGAUCGCUUUAAGCUCCGCAAAUUCAGUCAGUGUCAAAAAACAAAGAUCUUAACUGUUUUUUGCUGAAUUGGAGAUUUUUCUUAAAAUUGUUUAGCUUGAAUUGGAGUUUGUGUGGUGUAGAUCCUGUCGAAAGGUUGUCUAAGCAUUGAUCCAGUUCGCCGGAAAAGAAAAUGGCGCAGAGUAAUUGGGAAGCAUACAAGAUGCUUGAUGUUUAUAUUCAUGAUUAUCUGUUGAAAAGAAAGUUGCAUGCUUCGGCAAAAGCUUUCAUGACUGAAGGAAAGGUUGCCACAGAUCCAGUAGCAAUCGAUGCGCCUGGAGGAUUUCUGUUCGAGUGGUGGUCUGUCUUCUGGGACAUAUUUAUUGCUAGAACAAAUGAGAAACAUUCUGAGGCUGCUGCAGCCUAUAUAGAGUCUCAACAACUUAAAGCAAAGGAACAACAGCAACUGCAAAUGCAGCAGCUGCAACUAAAUGUGCAUUUGCAACGUAGGGAUCCAAGUCAUCAUGCUCUUGGUGGUUCUGUAAAUACUAUUGAUUCUGAAGGAAUGAUCGGACAGCCAUCACCCAGUGUUUUAGCCACGAAAAUGUAUGAAGAACGUGUGAAACACCUUCAUUCUGCAGAUUCAGAGACAUCAUCAGCACUUAUUGAUGCCAACCGGAUGGCCCUUUAUAAAACUCAGGCCAAUAAUCAAGGCCAACUGCUGCAAGGUAGUCCUGGAAAUAUGUCAGCGGCUUUUCAACAAAUCCAGUCACUAACACCACUGACCACUGAUAUCAAAAGCGAAGUUAAUUUGGGUGGAAACCAGAAAAGCUUAUCGAUGGAUCCCUCAUCCAUCUACGGUCAGGUCAUUUUACAACCUAAAUCAGGGCUAGGUGGUGCUGUAUUGAAUCAAGGCGUCUCUGGUCUCCCGUUAAGAGGCUGGCCUCUAACUGGGAUAGAUCAGUUACGACCGAAUUUGGGCAAACAAAUGCAAAACCCUAAUCUACAAACUCAAAAUCAAUUCCUUUUGACAUCACAACAACAGCACGUUUUGGCACAAGCUCAGAUGCAAGGCAACUUUGGAAACUCAACGAACUUUGGGGAAAUGUCAAGGGGUAAUAUGAAUACAAAAGUUAGUCCGUCUGUUAGGAAUGAUGGAUCGAUAUGCUUCCCAGUGCAAUCAAGUUCUCCAAAGAUGAUCUUUCGGAAAAAGUCUACCUUUUCGUGUUUGGCCGCCGAUGAACGACGGCCGCCGUCGCUCAACGGCGACGGCAAGGCAGAGUGGUCGCCGGAAUCUGAAAUCUGCGACCGUUGUUCAUCUGGUUAA